AUAAACGAAACAAGUCGGAGUUAAUUUUUAAGGGAUCCUUUGGUGAUGUAAAGAAGCUGCAAGGAUUUUUUGUAGCUGUGAAUAUUUAAUAUGUCAACAAUCGAGGAACGUUCUGAAUAUUUACAGAAUCCGUUUUUAACUAAGCCAAUCUACGGUGAUUUUACAUCGUUUUAUAUUACAAUCGGAAUUUGCACAGUAUUUGGCAUCUUUCUGUUCGCCAUAAAUCUCAUCUGUGGCUGCUGCUCACAGCACAAAUCAUAUUGGAACGACAGAUUUACAGGAAAUCGUUGGAUAGUAGCACUGUGGACUGCGACAGCACAUAAACAACCCCCAAUUGACUUGUCAGAACUUCAGGAUAUUCAGAUUGAUUACCCAAACACAUAUCCAGGAGAAGUUGAAGUAGAAACACCAAGAAGCACACCAAAAGCAAGAAGAGCAUUUGGUCAUCAACAAGAACAACAAGUAUAUCAAUACUCAGCAGUUCAUAGGCCAGCUAGAGGAACUCAUCAAGAAGAGUUUGUUGAAUUGCACAAACGCGAAAGUGAAAUUUAAAGAAAAAGCCAUCCAAAAUGUCAGUAUUUCUGCUAUACCCAUUCGUUGCCUUCUUGGCAAUGUUUGUGGUACUUGUCAUCAUGUUGAUUCUCAAAUAUGGCCCAGAGUAUUUGAAUUUGAGGAACUAUACGUUGUCUCAUAGAAAUCGUCAAGCAGGAGCGUAUUCGCAACCUGUGCAGAUUGCUUAGCUUAAGUAUUGAGUACAUUCCAAUAGAUUAUAUAUUUUAUAGAAUCUCUGACAAUCUCAACAAUGUAGUUUGUGUCUUAAUUUUUUUUUAUAUACAAUAACAAUUUUUGUAAGGAUUUAUACAAUACAUUAUUUUGUACAACCGAAUUCCGUCCUAAAAGAAAUGCAC